CGGCGGCACGAAGAUGGCGACGGCGAGCAGCGGCGGGGCUCGCCGGGCCUGGGGGCUCCCCCGCCGCCUCCUGCCGCUGCUGCUGCUCUUAACGGCGGCGGGGAGCCGGGGGGUUCGGGGGGGGCCCUCGGCGCUGCUCCGCGCCCCGCCGCCCGCCGCAGAAGCCCCGCGGAGCCGCCGCGCAGCGCAGCAGCGCCCGCCGGAGCCCAUCCAGGUGUACGGACAGGUCAGCCUCAACGACUCCCACAACCAGAUGGUCGUUCACUGGGCAGGAGAGAAGAGCAACGUGAUCGUGGCCUUGGCUAGAGACAGCCUGUCUUUGCUGGGUCCCAAAAACAGCGACGUCUACGUCUCCUACGACUACGGGAAGAGCUUUAAAAAGAUUUCGGAGCGGUUCAGCUUCGGGGACGGGAACGGCAGCGCCGUGGCCAUCGCCCAAUUCUACCACAGCCCGGCCGACAACCAGCGGUAUAUCUUUGUGGAUGCUUUCGUCCCGUACCUCUGGCUCACCACCGACUUCUGCAAGAGCAUCCAGGGCUUCUCGAUCCCCUUCAGGGCAGCAGACCUCCUCCUGCACAGCAGGAACCCUAACCUCGUCUUGGGCUUCGACAGGUCCCAUCCCAACAAGCAGCUCUGGAAAUCGGAUGAUUUUGGCCAGACCUGGAUCAUGAUUCAGGAACACGUCAAGUCGUUUUCUUGGGGCGUCGAGCCCUAUGAUAAGCCAAACACGGUGUACAUCGAGCGGCACGAGCCUUCCGGGGCUUCGACUGUCAUUCGCAGCACGGAUUUCUUCCAAACCCGAGAAAACGAAGAGGUGAUCCUGGAAGACGCCGAAGACUUCCAGCUCAGGGACAAAUACCUGUUUGCCACCAAGUCUGUGCGUUUGCUGGGCAGCUCACAGCCGCCAUCGGUCCAGCUCUGGGUUUCCUUCAACCGCAAGCCGAUGCGGGUGGCCCAGUUCGUUACCAAGCACCCAAUUAAGGAAUAUUACAUCGCCGACGCAUCGGAGGACCAGGUGUUCGUGUGCGUCAGCCACGACAACAACCGCACCAACCUCUACAUCUCGGAGGCAGAGGGCCUGAAGUUCUCCCUGUCCUUAGAAAACGUGCUGUACUACAGCCCGGGAGGAGCUGGCAGCGACACCUUGGUCAGGUAUUUUGCCAACGAGCCCUUUGCGGACUUCCACCGCGUCGAGGGCGUGCGGGGCGUCUACAUCGCCACACUGAUCAACGGCUCCUUCAGCGAGGAGAACAUGCGCUCCGUCAUCACCUUCGACAAGGGGGGCACCUGGGAGCCGCUGCAGCCCCCGGCGCAGAUGCGCUACGGGGAGAAGACGAACUGCGAGCUCUCCCAGGGCUGCUCCCUCCACCUGGCCCAGCGCCUGAGCCAGCUGCUGAAUUUCCAGCUGCGCAGGAUGCCCAUCCUCUCCAAAGAGUCGGCGCCGGGACUGAUCAUCGCCACUGGCUCCGUCGGCAGGAACAUGGCAAGGAAAACCAACGUCUACAUCUCCAGCAGUGCCGGGGCGAGGUGGAGGGAGGCACUGUCGGGGCCCCAUUAUUACACCUGGGGUGACCAUGGGGGCAUUCUUGUGGCCAUUGCGCAAGGCACGGAGACCGACCAGCUCAAGUACAGCACCAACGAAGGGGAAACCUGGAAAACGUUCACCUUCUCGGAGAAGCCGGUGUUUGUGUACGGGCUGCUGACGGAGCCCGGGGAGAAGAGCACCAUAUUCACCAUCUUCGGCUCGUACAAAGAGAACGGCCACAGCUGGCUGAUCCUGCAGAUCAACACCACUGACGUGCUGGGGGUCCCUUGCACAGAGAACGACUACAAGCUGUGGUCGCCCUCCGACGAGCGAGGCAAUGAAUGCUUACUGGGGCAUAAAACUGUUUUCAAAAGGAGGACUCCUCAUGCGACGUGCUUCAAUGGGGAGGAUUUUGACAGGCCUGUCAUGGUCUCCAACUGCUCUUGUACGAGGGAAGACUUUGAAUGUGAUUUUGGCUUUAAGCUGAGUGAGGAUUUAUCAUUGGAAGUCUGCGUCCCCGACCCUGAAUUUGCUGGGAAGCCGUACGACCCACCGGUACCUUGCCCCGUUGGCUCAACUUACAAGAGGACUCGAGGCUACCGCAAGAUCUCCGGGGACACGUGUGUAGGUGGAGACAUCGAGUCCCGGCUCGAAGGGGAGCUUGUACCGUGCCCGCUGGCUGAGGAGAACGAGUUCAUCCUGUACGCCACCCGCUACUCCAUCCACCGCUACGACCUCUCCUCGGGCGUCAGCGAGGAGCUGCCGCUGGCUGGGCUGCGCGGGGCGGUCGCCCUCGAUUUUGACUAUGAACACAACUGCUUGUACUGGGCCGACGUCACCCUCGACAUCAUCCAGCGUCUUUGUCUCAAUGGCAGCUCUGGGCAGGAAAUAAUCGUAAGCACCGGGCUGGAAACAGUAGAAGCCUUGGCCUUUGAACCUCUCAGUCGGUUGCUGUACUGGGUCAAUGCUGGGAUUCCCAAAAUCGAGGUUGCCAAUCCGGACGGAGACCUGCGUCUCACCGUCCUCAAUUCCUCCAUACUUGAGCGACCCAGAGCCCUCGCCCUGGUUCCCCGAGAAGGGCUGAUGUUCUGGACCGACUGGGGAGACUCCAGACCCGGCAUUUACAGAAGCGACAUGGACGGGUCCUCGGCCAGCUGCAUCGUCUCGGAGGGUGUGCGGUGGCCCAACGGCAUCUCGGUGGACGACCGCUGGAUCUACUGGACCGAAGCCUACAUGGACAGAAUCGAGAGGGUGGAUUUCAACGGGCUGCAGAGAUCCGUGAUCCUGGACAGCCUCCCGCACCCCUACGCUAUCGCUGUAUUUAAGAAUGAGAUCUACUGGAACGACUGGUCGCAGCUGAGCAUCUUCCGAGCAUCCAAAACCAGCGGCUCCAGGAUGGAGACUUUGGUCAGCCGGUUAAAUGGGAUCAUGGACAUGAAAAUAUUUUACAAAGGAAAAACAACAGGGCAGAACGCCUGCAUCGCCCACCCCUGCAGCCUGCUCUGCCUGCCCAAAUCCAACAAUGGCCGGAGCUGCAAGUGCCCCGAGGGGGUUUCCAGCUCCGUGCUGCCCACAGGGGAGGUGAGGUGCGACUGUCCUCACGGCUACGUCAUGAAGAACAACACUUGCCUGAAGGAAGAAAACACGUGUCUGCCCAACCAGUACAGAUGCUUCAAUGGGAACUGCAUCAACAGCAUUUGGCAGUGUGACAACGACAAUGACUGCGGGGACAUGAGCGACGAGAAGAACUGCCCCACCACGGUGUGUGACGCUGAGACCCAGUUCCGCUGCCGGGGCUCAGGGACCUGCAUCCCGCUGUCCUACAAGUGCGACCUGGAGGACGACUGCGGAGAUAACAGCGAUGAAAGUCACUGCGAGGCUCACCAGUGCAGAAGCGACGAGUUCAGCUGCAGCUCAGGGAUGUGCAUUCGUCUUUCCUGGAUGUGCGAUGGCGAUAAUGACUGCAGGGACUGGUCUGAUGAAGCCAACUGCACCACAGUGUCCCACACCUGCGAGGCCUCCAGCUUCCAGUGCCUCAACGGCCACUGCAUCCCGCAGCGCUGGGCUUGCGACGGCGACGCCGACUGCCAGGACGGCUCCGACGAGGACCCUGCCGACUGUGAAAAAAAGUGCAACGGCUUCCAGUGCCCCAAUGGGACUUGCAUCCCGACCAGCAAGCACUGCGAUGGCAUCACCGACUGCUCCGAUGCCUCAGACGAGCAGCACUGUGAGCCCCUGUGUACCCGCUACAUGGAUUUCGUGUGCAAGAACCGGCAGCAGUGCUUGUUCCACUCCAUGGUGUGCGACGGCAUCGUCCAGUGCCGAGACGGAUCAGAUGAGGAUGCCAACUACGCCGGAUGCUCCCAGGACCCCGAGUUCCACCGCACCUGUGACCAGUUCAGCUUCCAGUGCCAGAACGGUGUGUGCAUCAGCCUGGUGUGGAAGUGCGACGGCAUGGAUGACUGCGGCGAUUACUCGGACGAAGCAAACUGUGAAAACCCAACAGAGGCCCCGAACUGCUCCCGGUACUACCAGUUCCAGUGCGGGAACGGGCACUGCAUCCCCAACCGGUGGAAGUGCGACGAGGAGAACGACUGCGGGGACUGGUCGGAUGAGAAGGAGUGCGAGGGCUCCCCAGUAGUUCCUGUCACCGCAGCCGCCCCGCCGACGUGCCUGCCCAACCACUACCGCUGCAACAGCGGCGCCUGCAUCGUGAACAGCUGGGUCUGCGACGGGUACAAGGACUGCGCUGAUGGCUCCGACGAGGACGCCUGUCCCACCUCCCGCCCCAACGUGACGACCACCUCUCCGACGACGCGGGGCCGCUGCAGCAGGUUCGAGUUCGAGUGCCAGCAGCUGCACAAGUGCAUCCCCAACUGGAAGCGCUGCGACGGCCGGCGGGACUGCCAGGACGGCACGGACGAGAGGAACUGCCCAACGCACAGCACCCUGCCGUGCCCUCAUGGCUACAAGUGCGAGGACGGCGAGGCCUGCCUGAUGGUGGCGGAGCGCUGCGAUGGGUACCUGGACUGCUCAGACGGCAGCGAUGAGAGGAACUGCACGGACGACACGAUCGUGUACAAAGUCCAGAACCUGCAGUGGACAGCCGACUUCUCCGGCGCCGUCACUCUGACAUGGGCUCGGCCAAAGAGGAUGUCCUCGACCUCCUGUGUCUACAACGUGUAUUACAGGACGGUCGGUGAAAGCAUCUGGAAGGUUUUGGAAACCCACAGCAACAAAACCAACAGCGUUUUGAAGGUCCUCAAGCCCGACUGCACCUAUCAGGUGAAGGUCCAGGUGCAGUGUCUCAGCAGAAUCUACAACACCAACGAUUUCAUCACCCUGCGGGCACCCGAAGGAUUACCAGAUGCCCCCUUUAACCUUCAGCUGUCCCUGAAAAAGGAAGCCGAGGGGGUGGUGACAGGCUGCUGGAGCCCCCCUGUGAACGCCCAUGGCCUCAUACGGGAGUUUAUUGUGGAAUACAGCAGGAGUGGAUCCAAGGAAUGGUCCUCCCUCAGAACCACCAAGAACUACACUGAGAUCAAGAACUUGCAGGUCAACGCGUUGUACACGGUUCGAGUUGCUGCAGUGACUAGUCGAGGAGUGGGAAACUGGAGCGAUUCCAAAUCCAUAACCACCAUCAAAGGCAAAGUCAUUCCUCCACCUGUCAUACGUGUUGAGGGCUACACUGAGGACUCCAUAAGUUUCAGCCUAAAAAUGAAUACUAAUAUCAAGGUCAGCGGUUACGUUGUGAACAUCUACUGGACAUUUGAUACACACAGGCAGGAAAAAAGAACUCUGACCAUAGAAGGAGAAAAGUCGAUCCAAAAAGUGGCCAACUUGACAGCUCAGACGCCCUACGAAAUUUCUGCUUGGGCUAAGACGGAGCUGGGCGACAGCCCUCUGUCCUUUGUACACGUCGUGACCGGUGGGACAAGACCGGCGUCGCCAAGCCUCAAAGCCAGGGCCAUCAACCAGACCGCGGUGGAGUGCAACUGGACCGGGCCGAGGAAUGUGGUCUACGGCAUCUUCUACGCCACAUCCUUCCUUGAGCUGUACAGGAGCCCUCACAAUGCCACCACGACCUCCCACAACAUCACCGUGAUCGUGCAGCGGGACGAGCAGUACCUGUUCCUGGUCCGUGUGAUGUCUCCCUACCAAGGGCCACCGUCUGACUAUGUCGUGGUGAAGAUGAUCCCCGACAACCGGCUGCCCCCCCGGCACCUCCACUCGGUGCUCACCGGGAAGACGUUUGCCGUCAUCAAGUGGGAAUCACCCUACGACUCGCCUGACCAGGACAUGUUGUAUGCUGUUGCAGUUAAAGAUUUGGUAAGAAAAACAGAUAAAAUCUACAAAGUGAAAACGCGGAACAGCACGGUGGAGUACACCAUUAAGAAACUCGAACCGGGAGGCAAAUACCACGUGAUUGUUCAACUGGGAAACAUGAGCAAAGAAUCCAGCAUGAAGAUUAAUACAGUACCACUGUCUGCACCAGAUGCCUUAAAAAUUAUCACAGAAAACGACCACAUUCUGCUCUUUUGGAAGAGUUUAGCGUUAAAGGAAAGUAAUUUCAAUGAAAGCCGGGGUUACGAGAUUCACAUGUUCGACAGCCUGAUGAACAGCACGGCUUAUCUCGGGAACACCACAGAAAACUUCUUCAAAGUUUCCAACCUGAAGAUAGGGCACAACUAUUCCUUCACAGUUCAGGCCAGAUGCCUUUACAGUGGGCAGAUGUGCGGGGAGCCGGCCACGCUUCUCUAUGAUGAGCUAGGAACCGGUGAAGACUCCUCUGCAUCAAAAAUCGGCAAGACCACAGAUGUAGCUGCCAUCGUGGUCCCGAUCCUGUUCCUGCUGCUGGUGACCCUGGGGGUUGGGUUCAUCGUGCUCUACACGAGGCACCGCAGGCUGCAGAGCAGCUUCACUGCCUUCGCCAACAGCCACUAUAGCUCCCGCCUGGGCUCGGCCAUCUUCUCCUCAGGGGACGAUUUAGGAGAUGAGGAUGACGAAGCUCCCAUGAUAACUGGAUUUUCAGAUGAUGUCCCCAUGGUCAUCGCAUGAAGCGCAUUUCUGACUGUAAAAACCAAAUGGUGUAAAUAUUUUAUUUGAUAAAAAUAGUUGAUUGUUUAUUUUAAAAAUGCACUUUGAGUUGCAAUAUGUUAUUUUUAUAUGGGCCAAAAAAUUUAAGAAACACUUUGUAGUAAUCAACUGUGAAUUGCAAACUAGGUUGGUUUAGUAACAAAUUGCUUUGAUUUAACAUUGAUUUAGUCUUACAAGGCUAUGCUUGCUGGGCAUGCUUUUAAGUCUGUGAGAUAUUUUCCGUUGACUAAAUUGGCUACUCAUUUUAUUUUUCUAAGACAAGAAUAAAUUUAUUUUAAAAAAAUUCAGGAGAUUAUAUAUGUAGAGAGAGAUAAGUAAUAUAGUCCCUGAAGGUUUUGCUUUUACUUAAAAAAACAAUCCUUUGGACUUUGUUUUAUAUGAAAGUAUUUUUGUUGUGUUAAUUUAUUGGGAAAUCUGCUUAAGAACAGAUUUCCGAAGUCGUCAGACAUUGUACACAUUAUUGUGUAGAACAUGUGCCACUUUAUCUUGCAAGGCAGUAGUACGUUGGCAUCCCCAUCAUUGUUCUCACCACAGGAAUAAGAAUCCUUAUUUUUUACAUAUUUUUCCCCCUCACUGAAAGAUACAAUCUUUCCUCAAUCAUCCCUGGGCAAGCACCCAGUUUAUGCAAUUUAGACCUCACGUACAGGCAGGGCUGCCUGCGCUGUGCUGCAGCCCCCCAGCGUUGCCCAAACCCCUCCAGUGAUCACCAGCAGGUGCCAACCUGUUGGCCGUGCCCCGAUCCGUAAUUUAUGUCAGUAAUGUCACUGCAACAAAUGGCCAUCCCCUGACUUUGAAGCGCACACCUUAAAACGUAGCUUCCAGGAAACCUUUCCUCUGCGGAGCUGUGCGGAGAUGCUAGGAUGGUGAGGGACGGAAGGGGGAGCCUCCACUGUGUGCAACUGGAGAAGAGCUUCGCUUACAGAUUCUCCACAGUCGUGCAGAGCUGUAAUUACUGAGCAGCUCGAUUCAUCUGGUUUACAGCAGGGAUUCGGUGCUGCUUCGGUAGCAUUUCCUAAAAGUAGCUGUAGUUGCACCUUCAGCUUUAGAAGUAACAUAGAUAUAAUAUAUUCCUAUCACUCCUCAUUUCACAUUUACUGUAGACAUAAUACUGGCUAACAGAGAUAAGCAGUAGAAAUGUCUGCUUCCCAUUGUCGAGGCUAUUUUUUUGGCGAUAGCAAAAUGUGAAUCUCACCACGAAUCCCACUGCUCGCCAGCCCAAGAGCACCAAUACGAGCGGAUGUCUGCGUCUCACACCUGGCCAUACUCUAUAUAUGCAAAGCCCAGUAUCUCCACGCCAGUAAAAAUACAGCACACUGUCUUGUCAUGCUAUUUUCUUUGUUUAAACCAGAAGUAUUUUUGCUGUGUAAAUUACAUUAUAAUUGCAGUCUUCCUACAGAUGAAAUGAGAGAGGCCAACUAUGUUUUGAUACACAACUGAUCCAUUUAAUUUCACUUGCAGAAAAUGUAUAAAAAAAGUUGAGGUUCUGUAUGGUUUGAUACGCUAUAGAAAUACUGACUCUAUUUUUAAUUAUUGCUGUUCUCAAUCCCGGUGACAGUUUAUUCCCCCAAAGUUGGGACCAAACCAUAACUAGAUUUUAUAAGUAGCAGCGAGCUUGCCAAGUUGCAAUAUUUUUACCUUGUUAGUGGGUCAGGUGCCGUUCACGGGUAAAGACGUGUAUAAUUCAACCUAGCACGUUGAGCACACUUCAAUUUGUCUGGAGUCACAGCUACAGAGAGAGCAGAAUCUGACCCAGAGGCAAAACUAUUCUAAAAGUGUAAAGCAGAAGAUUUAACAUAUUUCUGCAGGGGACAGCCUGAAAGUAGAGAUAAAAAGCAUUGCAUCCUGUCCUUAUUAAGCAAAUAUUUCUGGCACAGGUAACUGAAAACUGCAGUAUAGUAUCCCAGAAGAUGGUACCUCUCUGUUGAGAAUUAAUAGCGGUUAAAUUCUGCUACUUUAUUCCCCUAAGGGAAAAUCCUGCUCGAGUAAGGGGAGCAGAAGUGAGCCCAUCUCGUGUCCGUAUGUGGAAGGCAGAUGCCAAGGGGGGAACCUCGAAACCACUUUAUAUUCUGCAGAAAUCCCUUGGCUGGAUGCUUUCAGCUGGGGACGGGUCACUUCUGGUCACUCUGAAAGGCUCCUUUGUGCCUCAGCAAAGCGACGCUCGCAUGGCGCUGAGCCUGUCGCCAGUGAGGCAUUUUGCUGGAAUACUAUAUUCCAAAAAUAUUCCCAGCUAGCUGCGCCUCUCCAAUGCAACGGGGGUGAGGGACACCUUGGCGCUCGCUCUGCAGUCGUCCCUACAUUGCACGGGGCUUUGGGGCACUGCAGCCUGCAGUCCUUGUGCCAAGCUGCACGCACCAGGGCGCUUCUUGCAAUGCACAGACGCUCCCUGCCCUCAGAGGCUUUCCCUUCAGGGCAAAAAUCACCACUGUGCUCCCAGCAAAGCAACUUUACAGGGCUAGUGUAUUUGUAUUUUAUAUAUAAAUAGAGAAGUCUAAGCUCCAGGCGGGGAAUAAGCAGGAUAGAUGCAGUUCUGGGUAAAUUGUAUAUUUUUAUGAACUUUUGAAGCACGGAAUCUUGUUCACAGAGAUGUAUAUGGGGUGGGAGGGUUGUGGUGUACAUAUGGUACAUGGAUGUGGAUGCAUAUUUUGUUCUGGUUUUGUUUCAGUAGCCUGAUGCAAUGUGACAUGAGUCCUUACCCGAAUUUUUGGGAGGUGACUUGGGUUUACCUGGCAGUAACCCUGUGAGAUGUUUGGACCCAUAACAAGAAAAGGAGUGGGGAAGGUAUGCGGGCUAAGGAGGCACUUCUGAUACCUCAUGUUUGAGCCCACCUCAGAUGCCAGCUGGUACUCUUAAGUCCAUUUGAACAAAAGACUAAGGCUGAACUCUAAGAUCAGGCGGGCUUUUGGAUCACUGGGUUUAUUUAGCCUUGUUAGGUUUUUUGAUUUUUAAAGUGAGAAAGAACAAGGAGGCACCAUUUGCCAGGCUUGAGGGUAAAACCACGAUCCUUUCAGCCUGAAUAAAUCCCAUUCUCCUCCGUCCAUGGGCUGCCGCUGCCAUAAAACAGCCAAGGCAGGCAUGCAUGCACUGAGCCCAGCACCUGCCACGAGCACGAGCUUGUGGCUCCUCGGCCACUCUGCCAGGGCUGGCACCCCAGGGACACGCUAAGAGGAAUUUCAGAGAGGGGCAAAGCAUUUUCUAUUGACCACAGGGGAAAUUUGUGCAUGUAGGUAUUUAAUGGCAGAAUAGCUGGCGUGCUGCAGGUUCACGCCCCGGGUAAGCCUGCCCUAACUUGUUCCAUCUGCUCCUGCCUUGCCACUGUGUUAGCAGCAGGGAUCUGCAGGUCUAGCACUGGGAAAAGACAGUUCUCCUUGGGCUGAGAUUGAGUUGCUUAUAGAUAUAUAGGGCGCGCACCCAAACAGAAAGAGGAAGAGAGCACACGAGAAGGAUGAAGCACAUGCGGUGAUGUUCUGGGUGCCGCUGCCAUCCCGUGGCCUUGUGAGGCUCUAAAGGACCUCUGUGCCUGCAGGUCACCCUGGUGGUCACUAAAUGUGACUGCUUCUGACAGUUUCUAGAAAUCCUAGAAAUCUAGAAAAGGGAGAAGUGACCUUCAGACCAAAAGAACGUUUUCCAAAUUUCUAGUCUCCUUCAAAUGGACUUCAGAACAGAAAUGGUGCCAGGGAGGUAGUUACUGACGGUUCCAGAGAGCAUCUUCAUUUCUGGUACUAGCUGUGAUGUUGAUAAUUAGCCUUGGGGCAGACUACGAGCAGCCAGUCUCUAAUGAAGUUUUUAGACGUAGUGUCAACUUCUAAUCGGGUUCCUUAAGUGAAGUUUAAUACUGUACCAUUUGAAUUGCUACUCUGUGUCUUUUUUUUUUUUUCCAUUCACUGAUUUCUGUUGUGUUAUUAUUGCACAAUUUUGAAGGAAUUUUUGUCUGUCAAUUUUUUUCCACUUAAUAAUGAUAAUAAAAAUGGACUGGGUAA